AUGUCAAAUGUUAGUCUUUCGAAUGGGAGUCCGACGUUGGAAAGGGUGGAUCCGCGUCCGACGGAUCACACGAAGACCCCGAUUCGCAGAAAUCUUUUCGGAUCGGUGGAUCACGACGAAUUUAGGAGGGAGUGUUUGGUUCAAAUGAACGAGAUGGAGAAGGCAUCUAUUGACAAAUGGAAUUAUGAUUUCCUAAACGACGAGCCCCUUCCCCAGGGAGAUUAUAAAUGGGAACCCAUGAAAAGCAGUGACCUGCCUGACUUUUACACCAGACCGCCUCACAAGCGAGGCUGGUCCUCUGGAAAUGUGGACCAUAACGGGAAUCAUGAUUACCGAGUCCGACCGAGCUGUCCUGCAAACGGGGUUGAGCAAUCCGAGGAGACCGAGAAGAGCGAGAGGCAGGCGGAUUGUCACCACUCUCACAUCGGGGAAAGGAAAAGACCUGCAAAUCCAGGUAAAUGAUGCAGUUUUGAAAAUUGACUUGAGGAUUUUAGAGUUAACCAAUCGACAACAAUUCAGCCAGUCUCCUCCGCACAAUAUGGCACAGUCGAAAUAAAUUGUUACAAUCUGCGAGAUUGUAUAACAAUUCUGCGUCACUGCACUGAUACAAUGUCGCAGAAAGCCUAUACUUUGUACCGCGCACCUCUAGAUUCCGUCGAUACUUUCUUUUCAGAAAGACACGCUUUGUGUGUCAGGCUAUUUAAUACUUUGAUUUCUUCCUCGUCUUCAGUUUUGAAUGUGUGUUCUGCUCUGGCCUAAUGAAUAGCAUGAUUAUAUAACCACUUGGCUGUUUAGCUUGAUGAUAAACUUAAUUUCUGAACUAUUCAACAGGGAGGGAAAUUAGCUUUUUCACGAAAAACAGUUUACUGACAUGUCUUUAAAUAUUAUUUAAUUUUUUAUCAGAACUGCAAAGUACAAGUACAAGAAAAAAGUUGCAUUCCAGUGAAGAUGAUGAAGUUGGGUCAAAGUCAGUAGAGCAGACACCCAGCAAAAACGAUUCCAGGACACAUGAACACUAA